UCGGGCAGCCUUUCAUUUCAUUGUGGGAGCAACCUUAUUUCUCGAGGAGCUGGGAGGGCCCUUGUGAGCGCGCAUAUACGAGUUCUUCUUGGGAAGGUUCCGGAGCCUGUGCGCGCUCCCGUCGCUAGAUAGGCGCGUUCUCUUUCUGUCUGUCUCUCCCUCUUGCCUGUCACUCCCCCUCCUCCCGGCUUUGGUGAGCGAGGCUUUCCAGAGAUCUCUCCCUGCAGCAGCAUUAGCAGCCGCAGCGCCAGAUAACCUUUGUGACAAGAUGACUGACCAGCACCAGGAUUUCAAUAUGACAGAUGACCAUUUGGUGAGCCAAGCUAGAUGGAACCAGACAGGUGAGCCCGAUCGGGUGGGAGACAGGAAGAAGCUUCUUCCACAGGAUGGAAUCCAGGAUGUUGGUUCACAGUUUGGAGAAAGGCUGUAUGUGGGAAUGCAGCCUGGAAGUAUAAAUGGGUUAAGGAAAGGCUCUCCCCUCCAGAUACCAGUUGAUGAUGGAUCUGAUGAACCAGAGUCUGAGGCUUCUGAUGCUAAGAGUACCCCAACUGUGGAAGAUGCUACUGUUCCAUUAGUGGAGGAGAGGGUGCAUGAGAAUCGAAAUACGACUCGCCAGCAUGCAGAGAUACCUGAAGGAAAUACAGCUGAGGAAGCAGACUUAGGCUCUACUUCUAGCCUUGAAGACCAUGCUGCGGGGGAUGCUCAAGCUGAUGGCUCACUCUACUUCAGAGGUGAUUUGAAAGAAGUUGCCUUUGGACAGAUAAAGGUUGAAGACAGAGACACUGAUGAAACAACUCAGCAGGAUAGCCUGGAUGAGAGAAGGCCAUUCGUAUCAGAAGAUGAAAGGUGUGCCAUGGUUGCAGAACUGGAUCCCUCUGAGCAUAUUUACCAAGUUGAGGUUGAAGCUAAUGUCGCAAAGGAGAGCAAAACUUUGGAAUGUGUACUAGAAGUAGGCAAGCUUUCAGGAGAGAGCAUCUCCCUGGAAGGGGAGACAUUGGAAACUGUGCAGGCCUCAGAACUGCAAAAGUCUUAUGGAAAAAAAGCUCCCUAUUGUACACCAGAGAAACAAAGCAGUCGAUUGCCACUUCUGAAAGCUCGAAUGGACAACAAAGACAAAAAUGAGACUGGGACUGAAGAGCCUAAACCAAAGACAUCCAUACCUUCCUCUGUCAAAAUCUUGGAAGGUAGAUCCUCCAUUAUUCCCAAACGAAACUCCUCUGUUAGUUCUAUCCCUUUGAAAAAACCCUCCAACCCUGCUGAGUCCUCAGUAUCAACCUCCAUCCCUAAAUGCAUCUCUUCUAUCGCAUCCCGACCAACCAGUACAGGAACAAAAGAGAAAAGGGGCAAGGGUCCAGAUAUGAAAACGAAGAUAGCCACUGCACGUCCUGGUAUGGGACAGAAUCAGAAGAGUCCAGCCAAUGCUUCUCGAAUCCCUGCCAAAACUCCCACCAUCCCCAAGACACCACCCAGCCUUGCUGCCAAAAAGGAGCAAAGAAGGCCCCCUAACACAGCAUCAAAAUCUGAGAGAGGUGAACCGAUAAAGUCUGGAGAUAGGAGUGGCUACAGCAGCCCUGGCUCUCCAGGAACUCCUGGCAGUCGCUCCCGCACACCCUCCCUGCCAACUCCACCAAACAGGGAGCCCAAGAAGGUGGCAGUGGUUCGCACCCCACCAAAAUCCCCUUCUUCUGUCAAGAGCCGCUUGCAGACAGCCCCUGUCCCCAUGCCAGACCUGAAGAAUAUAAAGUCCAAGAUUGGUUCCACUGAAAAUUUGAAGCAUCAGCCAGGGGGUGGAAAGGUGCAGGUGGUUAAUAAGAAGCUGAACUUUAGCCAUGUCCAAUCCAGGUGUGGAUCAAAGGAUAAUAUCAAACAUACCCCAGGAGGAGGCAGUGUACAAAUUGUUUACAAGCCAGUGGAUCUCAGCCACAUAACGUCCAAAUGUGGUUCCUUGGACAACAUUCAUCACAGACCAGGUGGUGGGCAGGUGGAGGUGAAAUCUGAGAAACUGGACUUCAAAGAUAAGGUGCAAUCAAAAAUUGGGUCAUUAGACAACAUCACCCAUAUGCCUGGAGGAGGAAAUAAAAGGAUUGAGAGCCACAAGCUGACCUUUCGUGAGAACGCCAAAGCCAAGACUGACCAUGGAGCUGAAAUUGUCUACAAAUCACCCACUGUAUCUGGAGAUGCCUCCCCACGGCGCCUUAGCAACGUCUCCUCUACUGGAAGCAUCAACAUGGUGGACUCCCCACAGCUGGCCACAUUGGCCGAUGAAGUGUCUGCUUCUCUGGCCAAGCAGGGCUUGUGAUUGUGUUAAAGCGGGUGGAGAGAAUAAGAAGAGAAGAAUCCACUCUGGCCUUUCUUCCUCUGUUCCGUUUUACAUCUUCAUUCCCCACCAUUCCUUAAUUUAUUUCGUUUUUUAUAUUAAUGGGCUAACUCUUUUAACCUGGUUCCCUGUCCCCCUUGCCAUUUAUUCAUCUGUGGUCUCAGGAUUUCAAAAUUAGUAACCGUGUGAAAACAAAGAUUUCUUACUAUAUCUCAGUCUAGAGAAAGACAUCAUUUCACCACUUGCUCCUAAACAAAAGGAAAUGUAAAUUUUAGGAAAAUUUGUGCUGCAUAAGAUAUAAGCUUGAGAAAGAGGAUAUCUGCCUCUGUUGAUGAGCAGCAGCUAAUCAAGUUUGUCCCCAUGAACAGAGAAAAGAGCCUAUAUUGCUGUGGGAUUGUUUAGUAAGCUCCUUCAAGAACACCUGCUGUUUUGCAUUUUGUUACAGGUAUGUGAGAUAGCCAAGUCUAAAGCAGAUAUCAACUGCAUACACAGGAUUUGCAGUGUGAAAUAUCCCCUACUUUAGUCCUCAGGGAAUUAGUCUUCAGUAUCUCAUCUUUGCAGGGAGACAUGUUUCUAUGCUGGAAAGGGGGCAAAUGUCCAAUUUGCCACAGGCACAUGCCUUUUAUUUUAAGUUUUCUUGAAUGGGGUUUGGCUAGAGCCAUACCAUUGCAUGCAAGGGCCAAUGCAUUGGCCUGAUACCUUUGAAUUACAAGAGCAAAGAGCAUUGAAAUCUUGUCAGCUCCCUCACACAAUGGUUCAAAUGAUGCAUACUGAGGAGCAAGGUGAUACUUGCCUCAUGUGAUUCUCCUUUGGGGACACUGUUUUUUGCCAAUGUAGGGACAUUAAAAGCAAAUUUUCAUACUAUUUGACUAUUACUACCACUUUUCUCCCCUCUUCCACUUGUCUGCCUUCUUUCUCAACUUUCCAGCCUAAAAAAUGCCACAAGUUCCAUCUCUUUGCUCUUGCUGUAAUUUGCAGGUUGGCUCAAAGGACUUGGUAGGCGUUCUUGGGGGAGGGGAGCAAGGAGAGGGUUGUGGGUUUCAGAUUUGCUCCUUGUGUUCAGUCCGAUAAGCAUGGCUGUUUCUCUUGGUUUUCAUGACAAAAUUGUGGUUGUACGUAGAAAAUUGUGAGGUAGAGGUGUGGUUCUAGGGUUUUUUUUUGUUAAAUGAGAUAGGUGCACUUAAGUGCAAGUGCAUGGGGGAAGAAGGGUAACUUCCUGGAAGGGCGUGCAUGUGGGAAUAGGUGCACCUUUUAGAAUCAAGAGUCUUUCAUAAUAGUUGCAUAUAUCUGAUGCUUUCUUCAUCGCAUGCAUGUUUGUCCCUCAGUACGUGCAUCUGUGGAAGAAGCAUCACAAAUCAUAGACACCAAAAGGUUUUGUUAUCACCUCCAAUACAUUGCUUUUCUGUGAAGAUUGUUCAGUCUUUCAGUUAUGAGUAAUCAAGCAUUGAUCAUGUAGUAUGAACAAGUCCCCAAACUUGGAUGUGCCCCAAGGGAAACCUGCAACACAAUGCAACCAGCAGGAAUCUAUUUCCCAUUUUUUUUUGAAAAGGUAGCAGAGAAUUCAAGUUUUCACAUAUCUAGCACACUAUGCAGAAGUGUCUGAAUAAUGACUGUUUCUGAACAUAAUCUGCAUAUGUGUACUGGCUCAAGAAGCUAUCAUAUUAGCAGAAAGAGCUCUUUCCCUCACCUGUCAAAUUUGGAAGACUAAUUGCAUUUGUAGUACAGAUUCCAGGGUUGUCCUACAAACCCUUUCCCCCCUUGCUGUUUAAAAAAUAUUUACGGUACGAAUUGUAGCUGUGCAUCUACCUAGGCUAAGUGAAAAUACUUUAAUUUCAGAGAGUACUUUGCCUUUUGUUAUGCUAUUGUUAUGCUAUUGCCUUUUGUUAUGCUUUUGUUUUGCUAUUCUGCCCUGCCACUGCCUUUAUCAUCUGAUAGAAUCUUUCUCUCUCCCUUGCCCUCCCAAAUUUCCACCCUUCAGAUAUAAAUUCCCCAGCAACACAGGCUUCACAAAACAUAGCCUAGUUAUUGGAGUACCACCUGAAACACCAAACAGCAACAGUGCUCCUAUUAGAAUUAUGACACAAUCUAUUGCAUGAACGGUUGUAAAUAAUACAGAUUUUAUAAGGCAGUCCCACCACCACUCAUACAUUACACAGUUGGAAUUGUCUGGAUGUGUUUGGAAAUUUCCAAGUGAGAGUUUAAGAUGGUUUAAGUAAAACAAAACACACAAACCCAAGGGGGGUGGGAAUCUCAAAUUGGUGAUAGCAUAUAUGGCUUUUUAACAGCAAGUUGAUAAAUAUGGCAACAGAGGCCUGAUCCUCAGAGCUAGGUCCAAUAAGGAACUGUGGUGUAGGUUUACAGUAUAGUAUUUAAAGCUUGGUAACUGGGUGGCACUGUGAUCUAAACCAGAGCCCAGGGCUUGCCGAUCAGAAGGUCGGUGGUUCGAAUCCCCACGAUGGGGUGAGCUCCCGUUGCUCAGUCCCUGCUCCUGCCAAUCUAGCAGUCCGAAAGCACGUCAAAUGCAAGUAGAUAAAUAGGUACCGCUCCGGUGGGAAGGUAAACGGCAUUUCCGUGCACUGCUCUGAUUCCCCAGAAACAGCUUAGUCAUGCUGGCCACAUGACCCGGAAGCUGUCUGCGGACAAACGCCGGCUCCCUCGGCUCCCUCGGCCAGUAAAACGAGAUGAGCACUGCAACCCCAGAGUAGUCCGUGACGACCUAACAGUCAGGGGUCCCUUUACCUUUAAGGCGUAUAUUAUCUGAGUUUGCCAAACUGAUGGUGGUUGUUGGUGACUGGGUGGCAGCCUCUAAGUGAACCAGGUGUCUUGUCACGGGUGCAGAAGAUUCUGCAACAGAUAAGGAUCAUUGCAUGCAGAAUUAGAAUCACAGAACUGUAGAGUUGGGAGGAUGGUGCUCACAGGGAUUAGGAAUUUCCUCUUCCUGUUCUCUCAAUUUGCUCAAAUAGUCUUGCUACCCAACAUGUGCAUCUGUCUUUGUAUUGGGGUGGGGAAUCUGGCACUGGAGGUGCUGCUAGUCCACAGCUCCCAUCAUCCCUGAUCAUUGACCAUGUUGUUGGGGGCUGGUAGGGAGUCAAGUCUACCUUCUUCUGAAAAGCUACUGGUUCCGCACCUCCAUAUGAUGGUAGACUCAACUCCCCAUCUGCCCAACCCAGCAUAGUAAAUGGUCGAGAAUGAUGGAAGCUAUAGACCAGCAGCAGCUGGAAGGCCACAGCCCCACUGUUGCCACAUUAUUCCAAAAAACCCCACCAUUGUGAAACAAAUCUUCUGUACCCUAGUCAGAGCAGCCUUGGUAUUUGUACCGUGCCCCAGACCUAGGCAUUCAAGGAUAUUGGAGGAAUGUUUGUGGAAACUGCAGCUGCUCAAAAGAAACCCCAAAGUGGUAGAGAAUAUUUGGGGGGGGGACUUGCAAAGUGGGCUUCUAUUUCUAAGUGGUGGUGAGAAGAAAAAUCUUUCAAAACUUUCUUUGCAUGUUUUUCUGAGAAAAUGUCUGACGCGUUCAAAUUUCAAGCCAACGCCGGUUGCUAAACUUAAUACAUUCCUUUUGAGAUAAGACACCUUGAAUAUGGGCUGUGUGCAUGUGUUUUUGUCCUUGUUAGGCUGAGUUGGGACAAAGGCUUUCUGCUUUAGGAGUACUACCUUGUAAAGUCUGUUGCUGCCUUUGCUUGCUUGUUUUGAGCCAUGGAUAAAAUCAGUUCAACUAAUUUUUGGGAAGUACAGAUUGCCCAUUGUUUCUGUAAGCAAAAGUAUUUUGUGGAAUGAAGUUUUUUAAAAAAGUUGAGUAAGUUGUGAGUAAGAUGGAAGACGGGAUAGCAUGGGAGAGGAACAGAUUGGGUUCAAGAAUGUUACUUUGUUGGCUAUAUCACUGUACUGCAGUAGCAAUGUGCUAGCCAGGGUUCUUCAGACUGAUCAGGAUAUUGGUCACCUUUCAACAAUUUCCAAUAACUCUAUGAUACUGUAUUUAAAAAUAAAGCCUGCAGUUGUAUCGUAUUACUUAAGGAUGUGAGGAAGCUUAAUAUGCCUGAAGUGAACAAAUGUGAGAUUUUUCCCACUGAAAGCAUAUACCAUGUCAUUGAGAUUCUUUUCUGUUUGCAUUAGGGGAUUGAGCUAGGGCUGGAAAAACAUCAUCUUUUGUCAGUUUUUGUAUUGGCUUAAGCUGUAAAUAAAACAAUAACCCUCUUUAUUCAGUAUGAAGCAAAAAACAACAAAAAACCAGUUAUAUUUGAGAUCAUUUGACUCCCUGAUUCUCCUGAAUAUUAACAGCCCUUGCCUUCAUCCAUUUAUUUCACUGCUCAAAUCCUCCCCUUCCCCAAGCAUUGAAACAUUGAGUUAUUUUCCCCCACCCCAAAUUUAGCCAUCUCCCUAAGUCAUAUCUGUUUUCAAACAUGGAUUUUGAUUGUCUUUAUGGCUCAUUUUAGGACGCAUAAUGGCAUCAGUUUUAUAGAGGGUUAGACCCAUGAGGGUUCCAAUCGAGGGCCAUGUUGAAUUGACUGGCUGGUGUCUUGUCUUGGUAUAUAAAUAUACAUAUCUAGGGGGUUGGGAAAGUGUUAAAAUUUGACAGAUGAAAAUCAUGGUUUUGAAAGUUAAUGAGGAAAAAAAAUGCGCUUUUUGUCAUGAACUUGAAAGUAUGAAAAAGGAAUAAUGGAGUUUGGAAGACCCAACAAAUUCCCUUUUUAAGUUUCACGGGGGUGGGGAAACGGGGUGGGAGGGGGUGGGAAAGGAGUAAGAUCUCCAUAUGAUCAUCCUAGCUUAGCUACCUGUCUGUGACUGUCCAUAUUGUACUUGUGUGUUAUAACAACUGGUUUACACCGACUGUUGCUGUAAAAGUGAAUUUGGAAAUAAAGAAUCCAUUACUACAAUAUUAAA